CCGUCCAUGAUGAGCGCCAUCUUCGGAGGCUCCGCGGGUCCGGCGAUGCCCCCGAUGGACCAGCCGGUCCCCGGUCUGGCCAUCCCCGAUCCCCCCGCCGCGCCCGCCGCCGCGCCGGUGACCAACAUCACCACGCUCAGCAACGGAGCCAAGAUCGCCUCGGAGGACACGCCGGGCGCCUCCAUCGCCGUCGGCAUGUACGUCUCCUCCGGAUCCAAGUGGGAGAACCCCCACGUCUCGGGCGCGUCCCACCUCCUCGAGCGCAUGGCGUGGAGAGCCACAGCCAACCGCACCGCGUUUCGAGUCACUCGCGAGGCGGAGGUGAUCGGAGCCAACCUCCUCGCGUCCGCGUCGAGGGAGCAGAUGGCGUACACCGUGGACUGCCUCCGCACCAACCUCCCGGAAGCCGUCGAGCUCCUCACCGACGCCGUGAUGAACCAGAAGCUGACGGACCACGAGGUUGCCGCCGCGGCGGCGGCGCUCAAGAAGGAGAUGACGGAACUCGCCGAGAACCCCGCGCAUCUCAUCAUGGAGGCGGCGCACUCGGUGGCGUUCACCGGUGGGUUGGGCGCGCCCCUCGUCGCCACCCCCGCGGCCCUCACGAGGCUCGACGGCGACGCCCUCGCGCACUUUGUCCAAGCCACGUACACGGCGCCGAGGGUGGUGCUCGCCGCGGCGGGGGUGGACCACGCGGAGCUCGUCUCCGUCGCGGAGCCGCUGCUCUCCACGCUCGCGCCGGGUCCCGGCGUCGGCGCGGCGCCCACGACGUACGUCGGCGGUGACUACCGCGUCAGUACCGACUCCCCGCUCACGAACAUCAUCCUCGCCUUUGAGUUUAAAGGCGGCUGGCGGGACCAGAAGGGUUCCACCGCGAUGACGGUGCUCAACACGCUCAUGGGCGGCGGCGGCUCCUUCAGCGCGGGCGGCCCCGGCAAGGGCAUGUACAGCAGGCUCUACAACAGGGUGCUCAACAGGCACGCGUGGGCGCAGAACUGCACCUCCUUCCACAGCGUCUUCGACGACACCGGCGUCAUCGGCAUCUCCGGCGUCGCGGAUGGUCCGCACGCGGGCGACAUGGUCGCCGUCAUGGCGAGGGAGCUCGCCGCGGUGGCCAACGGAAAGAUCGAGGCGAAGGAGCUCGACCGCGCCAAGGCUGCGACGGUGAGCUCCAUCCUCAUGAACCUGGAGAGCAGGGCGGUCGUCGCCGAGGACAUCGGGCGGCAGAUUCUCACCUACGGCGAGCGCAAGUCCCCGGCCGAGUUCAUCGCGGCGAUCAACGCGCUCACCGCGGCGGAGAUCAGCGCCGUCGCCGCGGAGGCGCUCAAGUCCAACCCGACCCUGUGCAUGGUGGGCGACCUCACGGCGGCGCCCCGAUUCGAGCAGGUCAAGACGCUCUUCUGAACCAUCGACGAGCGCCUUGUACCGAGUAUUAUACCAACCUUCAACAACUUGUGAUACACUAUCUAAUUCGUUUGUUC